AUGAGCGGGGAGCGAGAACGACUGGAGACAGUCUUGGAGGAUGCCUGGAGAAGCUUUCGGUCACAGAUCCUCGAGGCUUUGAUUGAGUACGACGGAUCCGAACUUGUGAUCUCGCCACAAUUGGACAAUGUCGAUCAGGACGGUGAAGGCCUUGCAGACGCAGACGACGGCGAUAGCGUCGGCCAGGCGAUCUCGACGGUGCCAUCCUUGCCAAAAAUCGGUGAUGACCGCGGCCAGAUUCAAGCAUUGGAGGCUCGCAGCCCAAGCCUUAUCGACGGAGUGCCACUGCAGGACUCGGAAAUGGCAUCCCGGCUGCAUGGACUGCACAACUAG